AGAUAUCGUGUUAGUGGGACCAGCGGUGACUCGGUUGGAGGGCGCCGCCCAUGUGCUCUGGGCGGAGCGGCAAGGUGCGCAACAGAGGACAACGGCCUUCUUUGAAUCCAGGCACGGCGCGAGCCAAAGAUAACGGGGCGGCUGCGUCGGCACUAUUAUGCGGCGGGAAGCCUGCCGUCGUGGUUGGGCGUUGGCGUUUCUGGCUGGGCCUAUGGUUCAAGGCCGGGAACGGAUCCGGCACCGAUGGGAAACCUGAGCCCAGGCCUGCCCUGGCGCGGUUUGCCCUCGAUCACGAUAGGGCGCCACAGGGACAGGACAGGCGAUCUGGUCCGUGCGGAUGA